CUUGAAAGACUUUAUGAGACAGGGUGAGCAGGGUCAUAUUGUGUCGGAUGUGUGAUGCGCUUUUUGUUGGAUUGGAAUCCGUGGCUGACUUGGAGGGGGACUAUCUUUCCGCGCCCUACAGCUGGUGAGGUCAUCUUUGCCGACGUCUUAUUACUUCCCAAUGGAAUGUCGAAGGGAUGCGGGAUUGUGGAAUACGCGACCAGGGAGCAAGCGCAAAAUGCGGUCAACACGCUCAGCAACCAGAACCUUAUGGGCCGUCUAGUCUACGUUCGCGAGGACCGUGAACCCGAACCUCGUUUCACCGGUGGCCCUUCUCGUGGGGAUUUCGGCGGCGGUGGCGGCGGCCGCGGCGGUUUUGGUGGUGGUUACGGUGGUGGAGCUGGCGGAAGACAGCUCUACGUGUCCAAUCUUCCAUUCAAUGUUGGCUGGCAGGACCUGAAGGAUCUUUUCCGCCAAGCAGCUCAGCAAGGCGGCGUCGUCCGUGCCGAUGUUCAUACCGAUGCUACCGGACGUCCCAAGGGCUCCGGCAUUGUCGCCUUUGAAUCUCCUGAGGAUGCCCGUAAUGCUAUCCAACAGUUCAAUGGCUACGACUGGCAGGGUCGGUCUUUGGAGGUUCGUGAGGAUCGCUUUGCCGGUGCCGGACCGGGUGGAUUUGGAGGCCGCGGUGGCUUCGGUGGUGGAUUCGGUGGUCGCGGUGGCGGCUUCGGUGGUCGGGGCGGCUUCGGCGGUGGCCGUGGCGGCUUUGGCGGAUUCGGAGGCCGCGGUGGCUACGGCGGUGGCUUCGGUGGUCCUGGCGGUGGUGGCCCUGGCUUUGAGGGUGUCCCCUCGGUGCCCCCCAACCCGUUCACGGAUUUUGCAACCUCCGGAGGCGAGAAGGGCCCGGUUAUCUAUGUCCGCAACCUGCCCUGGUCCACCUGCAAUGAAGAUCUGGUCGACCUGUUCUCGACUAUUGGAAAAGUAGAUCGUGCAGAGAUUCAGUACGAGCCCAAUGGUCGCUCGCGCGGCACGGGUGUGGUCCAGUUUGACAACGCAGAGACGGCAGAAACUGCAAUCGCCAAGUUCACCGGUUAUCAAUACGGUGGCCGUCCACUCGGUAUCACUUUUGUCAAGUACAUGAAUGCGGGAGCUGGCCCCGGAGACGCCAUGGAGGGUGCCGAGCCCACUGGCGGUAUCACGCAGGACCAGAUCAUGUAAUAGUAUCGUAUUCUUUGCUCCUUUCGACGGACCGAUGAGGUCGAAAAGUUUGCGAUGUGAUUACACCCCGGUCAAAUGACUGCAUGACCAAGUAUUCGUGUGGACGCGAUGAUGCUACUCUACCGCUUUUGAUGCCUCUGUUUUUGUCUUGUUUGUUUUCUUCUCUGGUGAUCUGGUUCUGUGGGACAAAUCGGACCUUGAUUCUGCUUACUUUAUGUUCUUCUACGGGUGAGUUUGUGAUUGACCAUGGUCUGGCUUUGCUCUGUCUCCCACAUCUUGGGUGGGGUUUCCACUAGAAGAUUUCGGUUCUGGAGAGGCUCCUUACUUCAUUUUCGAGUUGGCUUUGGUAGAAAUUGCAAUACCCGAUCAUUUAAUGUUACGCCAAUGCCAAUAUUCUCGCCGUUCGCGGCAUUA